AUGUUCGACGUGUCCACCUUCCCCCCUACGCAGCUUGGGCCUGUACUUCUGUCACUCCUUGCACUUGUCUACAUAACGCGCUACACCAUUAUUCGCAAGCGUCAAGAUAUCGAAGGACUGCCUGGUCCCUCGCGCAAGGAUGCUACCUGGCUGUGGGGUCAUGAACUCCUGGCGUUCGAAAACUGUACGACAGACAUGUACACCAGAUGGGCUGCAACGUUUGGCACAUUCUUCAAGAUCAAGGGCGCAUUUUUCCACCGCGACAUCAUCAUCGCGACAGACCAUGCCGCCGUACAGCACAUAUUCCAGUACUCCGAUGAUUAUGUGAAAGAAAUUGGGAUGCGGGAAAUUGCCGGAACGAAUGUGGGCAGAGGCAUCGUAUGGGCCGAGGGAUACGAGCACGCGAAACAGCGCCGACUGCUCGCACCCGCCUUCUCACCGGAGGCCAUCAAGGGGAUGACGGAUGACAUAACAGAAUCGUCCGAAAAGCUCGAAAGCAGGUUGACGAACCUCGUCCUCGCGCACGAUGGAGGUGUCACCGUUAACGUCGCCGACCACACCUCGACGUGCACCCUCGACAUCAUUGGCCGCAUCGCAUUUGGGCAUGACUUCAGGUCGGGCCAGUCCGCAGAAGCCAAAGAGAUCCGCGCCCUCUGGGAGAGACAGGUCAACGCGUCAAAUACGCCCAAGGCCUUCGUCGGUGCGCUGCUACUUCGCACGUUUCCCAUCCUCACCUCGCUGCCGUUGCCCGUCAUGAAGGAGGCGCGGCGCACGAGGGAGAUCGUGUUCGGGCUCGCGAUGCGCUUGCUGAAGCGCGGGUACUUUAGCGACAAGGGGCGAGAUAUUCUUAGUAUCUUGAUGCGCUCGGGCAGCGAGGACGGAGUCAAGGAGAAACUCUCUGCUAAGGAGAUUUUGGACAAUAUCACCACGUUCUUGUUGGUUGGCCAUGAAACCACCGCUGUAUCAUUGAGCUUCACACUGUGGGAGCUGUCCCGGCACCCAGAAAUACAACAGAAGCUGCGCGAGGAAAUUCGACAGUUCGGCCGUGACUUCAACUACGACAAUAUACAGCAGCUGGAAUACCUCGAUGCGGUCGUCAAAGAGGGGCUUCGCUUGCAUCCUGCCUCACCUAUCACCGAACGUGUAGCGCUGAAGGACGAUGUCAUCCCUCUGAACAAGCCUAUCCGCACGUCGGACGGUCAGACGGUCUCGUCAAUCAGCGUGAAAGCAGGACAGGCAGGUCUAUUCCUCCUGCUACACCACUUGCCACGCAGCUAA